ACCUAUACAGCCCAUAUAAGGGAGCACCCCUCCCCCCGGGGUCUUUAUGACACAUUUGCUCGAUCGUGCCUUGCAUGUUGAUGCGUUAUUAUUGAAGAACAAAGGAAAGAAAGAAAUACUGACAGUAAUCAACGGGGUUAAGUUACGUUCUUGACCCUCACAAGGGCUCUUGUUUCACAUUCUUAGCCUACCGACUACUAAACUUGUUAUUGUGCGACUAAGUGGAUUUGGGACUUACAUGGGAUGAAGGUGUUUCUGCAUCCGCCAUCAACUAACAGACUGAAACACGCUCUAAAACAGCACGUGUCUGGAACAACGCAAAACAAGGUAGAAGAUUCGCAAUGUCCAACGUGCUUUUCCUUUACACGCAAGAAGAUCACGGUCGUAGCGAGGAACUAAAAGACUACCUGCAGGCGAGACUUGGUUCCUUAGCCAAGCUCACGACUGUUAGUUCCGCCCUGGCAGAUGACUCCACCCUCGAAGACGAGCUCUUUAUAAGCCGUUGUGUUAUCCUCGUUUACACUCAAGAUAGCGAGAAGUUUAUUCAAGAGGGAACCUUUGAUUUCGACGAAGAAUACGUAGUGUUCGAUGGCAGCAUCAUCAAAGCUUUCCUAGACGAGGAUGAAGUUGUUAACCGGGUCAUUGUUAUUCAUUAUGGCUGGAGACCUGAUCAAUGGCUGUACGAUCGCGUGCCCAAAAGAAUCUUCCACGUGAGUGAGACACUGGAGUUCAAGGCUAACCCAAAAGUGGAUCAAAUUGUCGACACAAUUAAGGGAAUUAUUAAGAAACGUUAACCUUAUCCACUAAUGCUUCAAUACUUUCAUCUACGCCAACCUUCUACUGCAACAUUUUAACCAAUUCUAUUCUAAAGUAAAUUUGCUAAUGUGUUAGUCUCUUUCACAGCACUUUAGGCGGUCAGGUAACGCUUUUCUUGCCAGUAACACAAAGCUAAUCGUUACGUGACGAACCAAAGAAGGACUCUUUUAAAAAUACGAACCAACUUCUCUCGAGAGCAAUUGAAUUGUUCUCAGGUUUCCUACUACGAACAUUAAACUGUAAAGGAAAGACAGGAGAUUGAGCUCUUAUUAAUUUUGAGUGAUGUACAUGUUACGAUAAUGCAGCAAAAUAUUUCAUAAUAAAAAGCAACUGAUCAGAGGCACGUU